UUAUUUGUUUGUAAUUCUAUCCCACACCACUUCACCCUACCGCAUAAUACUGCUUCUGCAGCCCCUUCGUUUUUUUCUUUUUACUUCUUCUCUUCACAGAGAAAAUAAUACCUCCCAUCAUCUCGCCUUACCGGGUCCCCGAUCUCGUUUUUAGAAAGCCCCUUUACAACCACGCCCCUGACCCUCUCGCCAAACCGCCACGAACUGACCAAGCUUCGACAACGACGCAAGCCUUUAACGACAUCAACACCCUGUCUGCGACUUGAUACGCACUUGGAGAUGAACGGUCCCUUUCUCCAGUAACUUUAAACACGCUCUUUUUCUCUCCAGCGCCUGCGGUGUGAAGUCGCACAAGCUCCGUCAAAAUGGAGGUGACUUCCGCGACGACACCGACAAUGCCGCCCAACGGCCUGUCUACUCCGCCCUUUGCCACAAUCGAGCCCGAGCGUGUGGUUGAACAUCUCGCCUCUAUCUGUGAGAUUGCUCUUGGAGCUUCUCGCAGUGAGCUCGAGCAGCCAGGGAACUUGCUGAACGAAGCUCGCUACGCAGAGACAGUUGCUCGAUGCACGCGCUUUGCCAACGAUGCGCAAAACGUCUUGUACAUACAAAAGGAUAUCGCAAGCUCAUCCAACGCAGAUAGCGGCUCUGAUGGCCAGUCUCCGCUAUCCUUUACAUAUACCCUGACCACCGAAAUUUCAUCCUCGGCGACGACAUUUGCCUCCCUUGUUCUCUUGAAAUCGCCACAGCCUAUCGACCCUAAUAGACCGCUCUCUUCACAAAUUUUCAUCACCAACCUGCCGGGCCCGGCUGCUCUCAGCGCUGCCGUCGGCGAACAAGGUUCGGCUCUGUCGCCCUGGGAGGUUCUUCACUCGCAGGUACACCAUGCACUCGUCCCGUACUUCGACGCCAGCACCAAAAGCCAACAGCUUGCCAACGGCUUGCGUGGUCGAUCCGAUGUUGACGCCAAGACUGGUAUCCCCGUCACCAAGAAGCGCCUGAACGAUCUCGAGCUCAGCUUGCUGCAUCUCCAGCAAAAUGUCGACAUCCCUGAAAUCUCUCUCAGCUUUCACUCCGUUGUGCAAAACGCGCUCGAAGAUGCCGAAUCCCGACACUCUCGACCAUCGAUCGAUUCCAUCCCACAAGCUCUUCUGCAAGACAGUUCAUUCCUGAACCGCUUGCAGGCCAAUGUCAACACAUGGAUCAAGUCCAUCCAGGGCAUCACCAAGAUGACCAAGGAUCCGUCUUCCACCAGCAACCAAGAGUUUAGCACCGCCAGCCAAGAGGUAAACUUUUGGCUUUCCAUGGAAUCUGCUCUGGAAGGUAUCGAGGGCCAACUGAGAAGUGAGGGUGUUCUCCUUACCUUGGAGAUUCUCAAGCAUGCCAAGCGUUUCCAGGCGACUGUGAGUUUCACAGCCGAUACGGGUCUCAAGGAAGCUAUGGAAAAGGUGCAAAAGUAUAACCAGCUCAUGAGAGACUUUCCCCUCGACGAGCUGUUGUCCGCCACAUCUCUUCCCAAGGUCCAGGAAGCCAUUGCCCAGAUCUUUAGCCACUUGAACAAGAAGCUUCGCAUUUGCCCCUAUCCAAUUAGGCGUGCGCUGCCCCUGGUGGAAGCUAUCUCUGCCGACUUGGACGAUGUUCUCCACAGACUGCUGCCAGGUACCGAGCUUGUGAACCUAGACUACCAGCAGUUCCAGUCCAUCAUGCGCACCUGCGAUGGUAUCUUCCGCACCUGGGAGGAGAAUAUCAAGGAGUUCACCAAUGUCGCCCGUGAAGUUACACGUCGACGUAACGAGAAGUUUAUCCCUAUUAAGAUCAACAAGAAGCACUCUGAGCUCGAAUCUCGUAUCAAAUAUGUUGGCACCUUCCGUGACAACCACGAACAGCUCCAGCGCACCAUUGUCAACGUCUUGGGACCCAAGGCUUCCAUUGCCGCUGUUGCUGAAGCCCCUGCUACCAUGAACAAUGGCGCUGUUGUUGAGGAGAUUGGCGAUGUUGAUGCUGUAGAAGAGGUGCAACAGGCCUGGGAAGCGCUGCAGAACGUCGAUCUUCUUGAUGUGACCGAAACUGGCAAAGAACGCUGGGUACAAGCCGAAAACUUGUACAAUGAACGAACUACCAGAGUCGAGAACUCCAUUAUUGCUAGGCUGCGUGACAGGCUGGCCACUGCCAAGACAGCCAAUGAGAUGUUCCGCGUCUUCUCCAAGUUCAACGCCCUAUUUGUCCGCCCCAAGAUUCGAGGCGCUAUUCAGGAGUAUCAAAAUCAGCUGAUGGACCAUGUCAAGCAAGCCAUUAAUGGUCUCCAUGAGAGAUUCAAGCAGCAAUAUGGGCACUCUGAAGCCCAUGCCAUGGCCCAGCUCCGUGAUUUGCCCCCUGUCUCGGGUGCCAUUAUCUGGGCGCGCCAGAUCGAAUUUCAGCUCGAUGGCUACAUGCGCAAGGUUGAGGCUGUCCUCGGUCCCGACUGGAAUCUGCAUGCCGAAGGUCGCAAGUUGCAGGAGGAAAGUGAACUGUUCAAGAAGAAGUUGGACACUCGCCGUAUCUACGAAGCCUGGCUGACAGAUGUGAACCGUCGCAAGAUUUCUAUUACUGGCCAACUAUUCGACAUUGCCCGCGUCCGAUCUGCUGGUGGUAUUCUCGAGCUGACGGUCAACUUUGAUCCCCAGAUUAUCACCUUGUUCAAAGAGACUCGUAAUUUAACUUGGCAGUCAUACUCGGUCCCUCAUGCUGUCACCACAGUGUCUAAGGAUGCAAAGAGAGUCUACCCAUAUGCCGUCAGUCUCAUGGAAAGUGUCCGCACCCUGUCACAAACCUUGCGCCAGAUGAACUCGAUGGGACCGGAAGCCGUUCUUCUUAAUGGUUACCGCAAUGAUGUGUACAAGCUCGUCGGUGACGGUGUCCCCUUGAGAUGGGAGUCCUUUAUCAACUCACAUGAACUGUUCUACACCGACCAACGACAAAACCGCCCUAUGCUACCUGGAGCCAACGACUAUGGCCUCGCUAAGAACGCUGAGAGCAAACACGGCAUGUUCAUCCGGGGCUUUGCGGCGGCAGUAUCAGUCCUGCAAAGCAAAACCGUUGCAUUGGGAUACAUCCACACCACCAUCGAGCAGGCUCUCAAGGAAAUCAUCUCUUGCCCCUACGAACCCCAGGCUUUCCAGUCCCGCCUUGAUACUAUCCAGGCAGCUGUAGAUCAGCUGAACUUGGAACAGUAUGUGAACCUUGACUUCUGGGUGAACGGAUUGAAUGAAAAGAUUCAAGCCACGCUGCUCGAGCGACUCCAAGGUGCUAUUCAAGCGUGGAUUACGGUGUUUGAAGACGAAACCUCUGAUAAUACCCGUCGUAAACCCACCACCGAAGAUGGUACUAAGAUUGAGGGCCCUACCAUGAAGCGCCUGGUGCUCGAAAUCGCUAUGCGAAACCAAGUCAUCUAUCUCGAACCACCCAUGGAAUAUGCCCGAGCCAGCUGGUUCCUUCACCUACACGAGUGGCUAGGUAUUGUUUGCAAUCUCAGCAAGAUCAAGGCUGCCCGAUACCAAAUGAGUCUGAACACAAUGCCAACCGAGGAGGCUCGCUUCACAGACUUGCCUUCCCAGUGCGCCAAGACCCUUCAGCGUGUUUACGUAUCAGUAGAAAACAAGCUUCAGGAAAUUGGUGCCUACGUUGACAAGUGGUUGCAGUUCCAAUCUCUCUGGGAUCUGCAAUCUGAACAAGUGUAUGACAUGCUCGGCGAUCAUCUCCCUAGAUGGCUGGAAUGUCUCCAAGACAUUCGCAAGGUCCGAACAACCUUUGACACCCAAGAAGUUAGCCGCUCUUUUGGCCACAUUACCAUUGACUAUGAUCAAGUACAAACCAAAGUCAACGCCAAAUAUGAUCAAUGGCAACAAGAGAUUCUCAUGAAGUUCGCUGGACGCUUGGGAACACGCAUGCGAGAAGUCAAUGCUGAUAUCGAGAAGGCUCGCAAAAGCCUUGAAGGCCAGAGCUCCGACACAUCAUCCACUGCCCAGGCCGUUCAGUUCAUCACCGCCGUACAAAGCUGCAAGCGCAACGUCAAGCUUUGGGCACCCGAGAUCGAGAUGUUCCGUCAGGGUCAAUCCACCCUGGUUAGACAGCGCUACCACUUCCCUAAUGAUUGGCUACAUAUUGAACAAAUUGAUAGCCAGUGGGAAGCUCUCAAGGAGAUCUUGGACAAGAAGUCUCGCAUCAUGGAGGAGCAGUCUGACGCCAUGCGCGCCAAUAUUGUCGCUCAGGACAAGUUGGUGAACGAAAAGAUUGCGGAGAUUGUUGCCGAAUGGAACCAGGAGAAACCUGUGUCGGGAACUAUCCAGCCCGAUGUUGCCUCUGCAACCCUGUCGACGUUUGAGACUCGCAUCACCGGAUUGCAGGAUGACCUUCAGCAGGUUAUUAGAGCCAAGGAAGCUCUUGACCUUCCUGGUACCUCUGAUACGUCUCUUGAAGCCACCUUGGAGGAAGUUCGCGAUUUCCAGUCCGUUUGGUCCAACCUGUCAAUUAUUUGGGCCAGUUUACACGAGACUCGCGAUAUUUUGUGGACAGCAGUCCAGCCACGUAAGAUUCGAUCCAAGAUUGACGAUCUUAUCAAGAGCACCAAGGAAAUGCCCAGCAGAAUGCGACAGUAUGCUGCCUUUGAACACGUCCAGGGCAUUCUUCGCGGCUUCCUCAAAGUCAACUCCAUCUUGUCCGAUUUGAAAUCUGAUGCCAUCCGAGAGCGUCAUUGGCAAAAGAUCUACAAGCAGAUCAGGCCUCAGAAGCGCUUCUCUCCCAGUUCCAUGACUCUUGGUGAUGUUUGGGACCUUAACCUGGUCGCUACUGAGGCUAUUGUCAAGGACAUCAUCGCACAAGCUCAAGGUGAAAUGGCCCUCGAAGAAUUUAUCAAGCAGGUGCGCGAGACAUGGCAAAACUAUGCACUGGAAAUGGUCAAUUACCAAAACAAGUGCCGCCUUAUCCGUGGAUGGGAUGAUCUGUUCGCCAAAUGCAGUGAGAAUCUGAACUCGCUCCAAGCCAUGAAGCACUCGCCAUACUACAAGGAGUUUGAAGAAGAGGCACUCUCGUGGGAAGAUAAACUGAACAGAGUCCACGUCUUGUUUGAUGUGUGGAUUGAUGUACAGCGUCAAUGGGUUUACCUCGAAGGCGUCUUCACCGGCAAUGCAGACAUUAAGCACCUCCUCCCUAUUGAAUCUGGCCGCUUCCAAAACAUCAACAGCGAAUUCUUGACUGUGAUGAAGAAGGCCAACAAGACGCCCUACGUUUUGGAUGUGCUCAAUAUUCCCAAUGCGCAGAAGUCUUUGGAGCGUCUCGCUGAAAUGUUAAACAAGAUACAAAAAGCCCUUGGUGAAUAUCUGGAGAAGGAGAGAGUAUCCUUCCCCAGAUUCUACUUUGUUGGAGACGAGGAUCUGCUUGAGAUGAUUGGUAACAGCAACGACACCCUCCGUAUCGCAAAGCACUUCAAGAAGAUGUUUGCUGGUCUGUCGGGUCUUAUCAUGGAUGACGAGACUGUGAUUUCUGGAUUUACAUCCAAAGAGGGAGAAUCAGUCACUCUCAAGAAAGAAAUCUCCUUGACCCAGACCCCCCGCAUCAACGACUGGCUUGCACUUUUGGAAGGCGGCAUGAAAUCUACAUUGGCGGAGUUGCUCGCUGAAGCCAUUGACAAAUAUACACCUAUCUUCGAAGCUGAAACCAUUGAUCGGGCCGCCCUCACUGCUUAUAUGGAGGAAUUUCCCAGUCAAAUUGUAGUGCUCGCCGCACAAGCUGUUUGGACAACAGCUGUUGAAGCCUCUCUUACAGCUGGUGGCUCUUCCUUGCAGCAACUGUUUGAGCGUGAGGUUCAGAUUCUUCGUGUAAUUGCAGACACUGUCCUCGAUGACCUGUCCGUUAUCCUUCGUAAGAAGUGCGAACAAAUGAUUACCGAAUGUGUUCAUCAGCGUGACGUCGUUGAAAAACUGGCCAACAUCAAGGCGGAUACACCCUCGCACCAUCUCUGGCAACUACAGAUGCGCUAUGUUUACAACCCUCAAAGCGACUUCCUCGAUCGUCUUCAUGUGAAGAUGGCGAAUGCUAAGCUCAACUACGGAUUCGAAUACCUCGGUGUGCCUGAUCGCCUUGUCCGAACUCCUCUCACUGACAGAUGUUUCCUGACCCUCACCCAGGCGCUCUGCCAGCGUCUUGGUGGCUCGCCCUAUGGACCUGCUGGUACUGGUAAAACCGAAUCUGUCAAGGCGCUCGGUCUGCAACUAGGACGAUUCACCCUCGUCUUCUGCUGUGACGAUACUUUUGACUUCCAGGCCAUGGGCCGUAUCUUCCUUGGUAUCUGCCAAGUUGGUGCUUGGGGCUGCUUUGACGAGUUCAAUCGUCUGGAGGAGAGAAUUCUCUCGGCCGUUUCUCAGCAAAUCCAGAAUAUCCAGCUUGGCUUGAAGCAAGGUAGCGAGGAUGAAUCUUCCCAAAUUGAGUUGAUUGGCCGCCAACUGCGCGUCAACCAAAACACAGGUAUCUUCAUUACUAUGAACCCUGGCUAUGCCGGUCGAUCCAACCUGCCAGACAACUUGAAGAAGCUCUUCCGCAGCGUAGCCAUGUCCAAGCCCGACAAGGAACUGAUUGCCGAAGUCAUGCUCUACUCGCAAGGUUUCAACCAAGCCAAGAGACUGUCCAAACAAGCCGUGCCUUUCUUUGACGAAUGCUCAAAGAAGCUGUCCAAGCAAGCUCACUACGAUUUUGGUCUUCGUGCCCUCAAGAGUGUCCUGGUUAGCUCUGGUGGUCUCAAGCGUGCUCGUCUGGGCGACGGAAACCUUGGAGGCGAAGAAGUUGUCGAACCUGAAAUCAUUGUGCAAAGUAUCCGCGAAACUAUUGCGCCCAAGCUCAUUAAAGCCGAUGCUGACGUGAUGGUCACCAUUGAAACGGACUGUUUCCCUGGUGUCCAGUACGUCCCUGCCAACCUCCACAAGCUUGAGGAAGCCAUUCGCACACUGGCCGCAGAGAGACAGCUUGUGGUCACGGAGACUUGGAUGACCAAGAUCUUGCAGCUCUACCAGAUUCAGAACAUCCAUCACGGUGUCAUGAUGGUUGGCAACUCUGGAAGCGGUAAAUCUGCUGCGUGGAAGCUCCUGCUCGAUGCCUUGCAAAAGGUGGAAGGCGUUGAAGGCGUUUCGCAUGUUAUUGACUCCAAGGUCAUGUCCAAGGAAGCCUUGUACGGUAACCUCGACUCUACCACCCGCGAAUGGACAGAUGGUCUCUUCACUAGCAUUCUUCGCAAGAUUGUUGACAAUCUGCGUGGUGAAGAUUCGAAGCGUCACUGGAUCGUUUUUGAUGGUGAUGUCGAUCCUGAAUGGGUUGAAAACUUGAACAGUGUGCUUGAUGACAACAAACUCCUCACAUUGCCAAAUGGUGAACGUCUCAACCUCCCACCCAACGUCAGAAUCAUGUUCGAAGUCGAGACGCUCAAGUACGCCACCCUUGCCACCGUCAGUCGUUGUGGUAUGGUCUGGUUCAGUGAAGACACCGUGACUCCAGAAAUGAUUGUAACCAACUAUCUCGAUACCCUGCGCAAUGUACCAUUUGAGGACUUGGACGAAGAUAGCGUUGCAACUGGCCAAAGUCCUGCUAAGGCUUUAGCCGUGCAAGGCCAAGUUGCAGAUCUUCUGCAAACCUAUCUCUCCACUGACAACUUCGUCGUCCAAGCCCUUGAGAAGGCCCAGUCCUAUAACCACAUUAUGGACUUUACCGCUGCCCGAGUCCUCAACACGCUUUUCUCGCUAUUGAACAAGGCGGUCCGCGAUAUGGUGGAAUAUAAUGCACAGCACUCUGACUUCCCUCUUGACCCCGAACAGGUUGAAGCCUUUGUCCCCAAGAGGCUCCUGCUGGCAUUGGUCUGGGCGUUCACUGGCGAUUGCCCUCUUUCUGACAGAAAGGCCUUUGGUGAUGAUAUUUGCGCCUUUGCUACUUUUGGUUCGCCACCUCUUGAUGGCACUUCAUCUCUAAUUGACUUUGACGUCACAUUGCCGAAGGCGGAAUGGUCUUCGUGGCAGACGCAAGUCCCUACGAUUGAGGUUAACACUCACUCUAUUAUUCAGACAGAUGUUGUCAUCCCUACGCUGGAUACAGUCCGUCACGAAGACGUUUUGUACUCGUGGCUGGCGGAACACAAGCCGCUUCUGCUUUGCGGUCCUCCUGGUUCCGGUAAAACAAUGACUCUCUUCAGCGCCCUGCGCAAGUUGCCCAACAUGGAGGUUGUUGGCCUUAACUUUUCAAGCGCCACCACGCCCGAUUUGCUCAUCAAGACAUUUGAGCAGUACUGCGAGUACAAGAAGACGCUCAACGGUGUCAUGCUCUCCCCCACACAGAUUGGCAGAUGGCUUGUCAUUUUCUGCGAUGAAAUCAACUUGCCUGCGCCUGACAAGUACGGCACCCAGCGUGCCAUUUCAUUUCUGCGCCAGCUUGUAGAGCAUAACGGCUUCUGGCGAACAUCGGACAAGUCAUGGGUCACGCUUGAUCGCAUCCAGUUUGUCGGUGCAUGCAACCCGCCCACCGAUGCUGGCCGUACUCCUCUGGGUGCACGAUUCCUUCGCCAUGCGCCGUUGAUCAUGGUUGAUUAUCCUGGAGAAACCUCCCUCAACCAGAUUUAUGGUACAUUCAACUCAGCCGUUCUCAAAAUUAUCCCGGCUUUGCGAGGUUACGCGGAGCCACUCACAAACGCCAUGGUCCGCUUCUACUUGGAAUCCCAACAGCGAUUCACGCCAAAAAUUCAGCCUCACUAUGUCUACAGUCCUCGUGAGCUUACAAGAUGGGUUCGUGGUAUAUACGAAGCCAUUAAGCCCUUGGAAACGCUCUCGAUUGAGGGGCUGGUCAGAAUCUGGGCCCAUGAGGCUCUCCGACUCUUCCAAGAUCGUUUGGUUGACGAAGACGAGAGAAAGUGGACCGACGACGCUGUGAAGCGCAUUGCUCUGAAGCACUUCCCGACAAUUGAAGAGGAAAAAGCACUUGGCGGACCUAUUCUUUUCUCCAACUGGCUCUCCAAGAACUACAUGCCUGUUGAGCGCGAGCAACUUAGAGACUUUGUCAAGGCCCGACUCAAGACUUUCUGCGAGGAAGAAGUGGAUGUUCCUCUAAUCUUGUUCAACGAUGUUCUGGAGCACGUCUUGCGUAUUGACCGUGUCUUCAGACAACCCCAGGGUCACUUGAUUCUCAUUGGUGUUAGCGGUAGUGGCAAGACUACACUAUCGCGCUUUGUUGCUUGGAUGAAUGGUCUCAAGGUUUUCCAGAUCAAGGUUCAUGGUAAAUACUCGGCUGAGGACUUUGACGAUGAUCUGCGUGAUGUCCUCCGACGCUGUGGCUGCAAGGGCGAAAAGAUUUGCUUCAUCAUGGAUGAGUCCAACGUCCUUGACUCUGGUUUCCUCGAGCGCAUGAACACCCUGCUUGCCAACGCAGAAGUCCCUGGCCUCUUUGAAGGAGAUGAAUACGCCGCGCUGAUGACGGCCUGCAAAGAAGGUGCCCAACGACAGAACUUGCACCUUGAUUCCCCCGAAGAGUUGUACAAAUGGUUCACUCAGCAGAUUGUCAACAACCUCCACGUUGUCUUUACGAUGAACCCUCCAGAGGACGGUCUAUCGUCCAAGGCCGCCACCAGUCCUGCCCUGUUCAACCGUUGCGUUCUUAACUGGUUCGGUGACUGGUCUGAUCAGGCUUUGUUCCAGGUGGGACAUGAGCUUACACAGUCUAUUGAUCUUGACAACAGCAACUGGCAUGCGCCUGGUACAAUCCCUGUUGCAUACAGAGGUCUACAACUGCCACCCUCUCACCGUGAGACAAUUGUAAACUCCAUGGUUCAUAUCCACUACUCGCUGCAUCGCUACAACGACAAGCUACUGAAGCAGCAGAAGAAGUUGACAUUCUUGACCCCUCGCCACUUCCUGGACUUUGUUGGCCAGUAUGUCAAGCUAUACACGGAGAAGAGAGAAGACUUGGAGGAGCAACAGCGCCAUUUGAACGUUGGUUUGGAGAAGCUGAGAGAUACUGUGGAUAAGGUGCGCGACCUUCGUGUCAGCCUUGCUGAGAAGAAGACGCAGUUGGAGCAGAAGGAUGCGGAAGCAAAUGAGAAGCUGCAACGCAUGGUUGCAGACCAGCGUGAAGCAGAACAGAGAAAGAACACAUCAUUGGAGAUUCAGUCAGCGCUUGAGAUUCAAGAAGCUGAAGUGGCCAGCCGCAAAAAGGUCGUGCUGGAGGAUCUUGCCAAGGCAGAACCGGCCGUCGAAGAGGCCAAGGCUAGUGUCAGUAACAUCAAGCGUCAGCAUCUGACUGAAGUUCGAUCCAUGGGUAACCCCCCUUCGGGUGUUCGCCUCGCCAUGGAUGCCGUCUGCACUCUGCUUGGCCAUAAAAUUACGGAUUGGAAGGCCAUUCAAGGUAUUGUGCGCAAAGAUGACUUCAUUGCCAGUAUCCUCAUGUUUGAUAACGGCAAGCAAAUGACAAAGCCUCUGCGAAUGAAGAUGCGCAACGAAUUCUUGUCAAACCCAGACUUUUCGUUUGAAAAGGUGAACCGUGCCUCCAAGGCUUGCGGUCCUCUGGUACAAUGGGUGGCUGCUCAAGUUAACUAUUCCGAUAUCCUUGACCGUGUUGGACCCCUCAAGGAAGAAGUUACCCAACUCGAAGAACAAGCACUUCAGACCAAGGCAAAUGCCAAGGCUAUUGAGAGCAACAUUGCCGAACUCGAGGCCAGUAUCAGCACAUACAAGACAGAAUAUGCUGCUCUCAUCAGCGAGACUCAAGCAAUCAAGGCAGAGAUGUCAAAGGUCCAGUUCAAGGUCGAUCGCAGUGUAAGACUCCUCGACAGCUUGUCCUCAGAACGUACGCGUUGGGAGGACGGAAGCAAGUCUUUUGAAACACAGAUCAGCACUUUGGUUGGCGAUGUCCUUGUUGCUGCGGCCUUCCUUGCCUACAGUGGUUUGUAUGACCAGACCUUCCGUAAGUCUAUGAUGGAUGACUGGUUGCACCAGCUCCAUCUUUCUGGUAUUCAAUACAAGUCGCACAACCCCGUCACAGAAUACCUGUCGAGCGCGGAUGAGCGCCUAGGCUGGCAAGAAAACUCUUUGCCUGUCGACGACUUAUGCACAGAAAAUGCCAUCAUCCUCAAGAGAUUCAACAGAUACCCGCUGAUUAUCGACCCCUCUGGCAGAGUUACCGAGUUCCUGCAGAAGGAAUGCAAGGACCGCCGCCUCACUGUCACCAGCUUCCUGGAUGACACAUUCACGAAGCAACUGGAAAGCUCUCUGCGUUUUGGUAACCCCAUCUUGAUCCAAGACGCUGAGCAUCUCGACCCUAUCCUCAACCACGUCUUGAACAAGGAAUACCAGCGAACCGGUGGCCGUGUCUUGAUUCAACUUGGAAAGCAGGAGAUUGACUUUUCACCGUCCUUCAAGCUGUAUCUGACUACGCGCGAUCCGUCUGCCCAAUUCGCCCCGGAUAUCUGCAGUCGUACAACAUUUGUCAACUUUACCGUUACGCAGAGCAGUUUGCAAACCCAAUCUCUCAAUGAUGUCCUCAAAUCUGAGCGACCCGAUGUUGAUGAGCGACGAUCCAACUUGAUCAAGCUGCAAGGUGAAUUCAAGGUUCACUUGAGACAGCUUGAAAAGCAACUGCUUCAGGCUCUGAAUGAAUCUCGCGGCAAUAUUCUAGACGAUGACAAUGUUAUCGAAACCCUCGAGACCUUGAAGACUGAGGCCGCCGAAAUCUCGAAGAAGAUGAGCAACACCGAAGGUGUUAUGGCUGAAGUUGAGGCAAUCACGCAACAGUACAGUGUUGUUGCCAAGUCCUGCAGUGCCGUCUUUGCGGUUCUGGAGAAUCUGCACUAUCUCAACCACUUUUACCAGUUCUCGCUGCAGUAUUUCCUCAACAUCUUCCAAUCUGUUCUCCACGGCAAUGAAAAUCUGGCCAAGGAAACUGACCACAAUGUCCGCCGCGACAUGAUUGUGAAGGACCUCUUUGUGAGCACGUUCCAGCGCACUGCCCUCGGUCUGCUGCAGAGGGAUCGUAUCGCACUGGCUAUGCUUCUUGCACAAGCCUCACCGUUCAAGAUGGACAAGUCGUUGAUUGAUAUUGUGCUGGAUAAUCGCUUUGAAGGCUGCGAUCUCUCUUCAAGCCCUGGAGAUCGAGACGAAGCCUUUGCCGCCGCCAGAAAGGUGAGCACCCUCAAGGAUAAGCUUGACGAGGUGUCGUCCGAAUCCUGGGACAAGUUCUUCUCCGAAGAGCUUGCAGAGAAUGCUGUACCCCAAAUCUGGGAUGAGUCUACCAACGCCAUGGACCAGGCCCUCAUUUCGUUGGCUCUUGUCAAGUUUUUCCGAAUGGAUCGCUUUGUCCCAGCUGCUGAGCGCUACGCUAUUGCUGUCUUUGGAGCAGAGAUGUUCGAUGUCGUUGAGGAUCUUAGCCAAACUAUUGCCCAGGUGCCACCAACCCUCCCCGUUGCUCUUGUUUCAAGCCCUGGUUUUGAUGCCAGUUACAAGGUUGACAACUUGGUAGAGAGAAACAAGGUCAAGUGCACAAACAUUGCCAUGGGUUCAAAUGAAGGUCUUACCAGUGCCGACAAGGCCAUCAACAGCGCUGCAGAAACCGGCUCAUGGGUUCUUAUCAAGAACGUUCAUCUUGCUCCGACAUGGCUGCAGAGUCUUGAGAAGCGUAUGGAGUCACUGAACCCACACAAAGACUUCCGUCUGUUCCUUUCCAUGGAGUCCAGCCCCAAGAUUCCAGUCAAUCUGUUGCGUGCUUCGCGCGUCCUUAUGUACGAGCAGCCUGCUGGUGUACGAGCCAACAUGAAGGACUCCAUGUCCUCGCUCUCCACGCGUGCUACCAAGAGCCCCGUCGAACGAGCUCGUCUCUACUUGCUUCUCUGCUUCCUCCAUGCUGUUGUUCAAGAGCGACUUCGAUAUGCCCCUACCUUGGGAUGGAAAGGUUUCUGGGAGUUCAAUGAUAGUGAUUACGAAUGCUGUGCUUUCAUUGCCGAUACGUGGAUCGAUAACGUGGCCGGUAACCGAACCAACUUGGCACCGCAGAAUAUGCCUUGGGAUAUGAUGCGCUACCUCGUCACUGAAACCUACGGUGGAAAGAUUGAUGACGAAGGCGACUUUAAGCUACUUGGCAGCCUUGUAGACUCUGUCCUCACCCCAGCUGCGUACGAUGUCGACCACAGGCUUGUUGACGGCCCAGACACGCUUCUCGUGCCCUCUGGAACAAGCAUGCAAGACUUCAACGCCUGGGUGCACAAGCUUCCUGAACGCGAACCUCCCACGUAUCUUGGUCUUCCUGCCAAUGCUGAGAAGCUGCUGCUUGUUGGUCUCGGCCGAAACCUCGUGGACAACCUGCGCAGCGUCACGGAGAUUUUGGAUGAAGGAGAACAGCUCAUGACUGACUCCUAGACUAUGGGCAUCAGUCCCUUCUAGUCUCUUAUUUGUUUUAUGUUUUUCAUAUGAGUUGACAGAUGCUUCAUUUGGGCGGCAUACUGCACUCACUGCUUUCUAUUUCAUUUCAUUUCUUGUUCUUUUUACAGAUGCACUUGCCGGAAUAGGGUCGGCAAAUGCCCAUUUCCUCUCUACUUUUAUUGUUUUUGAUACCCUACUCCGGUGUUGAUUUGAGCUAUGUUCAUUCACAGAAGCUACUCUUAUUCUAUUAAUUCUAUUCUAUUCUAUUUUACAUGAUCGAACAUGAAAGUGGUUAUUAAAAGCGUCGGUGUGUCCGCUGCCUUAAGCCUCGCCGAGAUAUUGAAUCGCUUCUCCAACCAAGUAUAAGCUCCCAGUAACUAGUACGUCGGCCGAGUCUGCCUCACUGGCUAAUUUGCUUCCAAGCCUAAGAGCCUCCUUCGGGUCUACCAUACGCGUAAUCUUGGCUUCCGGGCGGAGCUCAGCCCAACAUUGACAGUAUGUGUCUAUUCUAGCAAUGUCUGAAAUAGGGUUGUUAGCUUUGAAAGAAAGAGACCAGGGGGGAAGAAGAUGUGCCCGUAAUGUUUUGUAAACAAGGAGCUCUUCUUACCUGCAGCACUGGCGGAAUGCGGUGUGAAUAUGACAUGCUCUACAGGGGAUACAAGAGAUUCGGCUAGCGCCUUGACAACCUCAAGCCCAUCACGCUGGCCUUCCUUUUGUGCAAAGAUAAGGACUCGUCGGGCGUUUGGAGAACUGUAAAAGAAACAUGUCAGCGAAAGUCUGAAUAGAGAGGUGAUUAGCAUGUUAACAUACACAGGCUUUACAUUAUUGUUGAACCAGCCGGCAACCUGGGGCAUGCUUAAUUCGUUAUGGGCUCCGUCGAUAUACCAGGAGACAGCAUCGCGCUCGAUGAGUUGGAAUCUGCCUGGCCAUGUAAAAUUUUCUAUAACUCUGGCAAUGUCGGAUUCACUGAGGAUACUGGCUGAGUCUGGGUGCUUCUUGUUUAGAAACUUGUUGCUGAUGCGGAGGGCGAGGGAUGCGUUGAGGCGUUGGCACUCUGAUGGGAAGUCACCUGGGAGUGUUGGAUCCGAGGCGACGACUUCCAAAUCGACAUUCUUCUCGUUUGCACGAGCCUUGAUUUCCUGGGCCACUGACUCUUUUUGCUCUGCUGUAAAAGCAGCUGCCCCUGGUUUGAUGAUGCCUGCCUUGUGCCAUGCAAUGUCUGUGAUGCUUGGGCCAAGUGAGGCGAUGUGAUCCAUUCCGAUGCUUGUGAUGCCUGUGAUUACAGGAUUUUCGACACAGUUAGUAGCGUCAUAUUCGCCACCAUGGUGUGUUUCGUAAAUUGCCACGUCCACCUUUUCCUUAAUGAAUGUGUGAUAAGAGGUGAGUGCCAAGAUCUGCAGAUAGCGUGGACCAGGCCCUUGUUCCUCAAGGCCUAGAGCUUCGCGCACUUCGGCAAGAUUCUGAGAAAAGGUAUCUUUGGAGACGGGAGCAAAAUUGAUACGAAUAC